AUGGAGACCCAACCCGACCAGACUGCACCCAUGGUGCUCGAUAGCAUCCCCGCUCAAGCCAAUACCACCAUGAAGAAGAAGGAGAAGAAGAACCAGCGUGCUUCCCCAGACGUUGAAGACGACGUCGCUGUCGAACCCCCCUCUACAAAGCGACCUCGACUUGAGCACUCUGAGUAUCCUCAGUCGGCCAUUGCAACCACGGACGAGACGCCACCAGCCCCUCACAAGGGAACCAAGACAGACGACGAACCCUGCCUCCUUCUGCAGCUGCCGCAGGAGCUUCUAUUGAGGAUCAUGGCGGCCAUGGACCCUGAGGAGCGAUAUCUCUUCAGGCAGGCCUCUAGGACCGCAUUUUACAUCGAAUAUUAUGACCGCCCUGAUGAGGACAUUGACCGGGACCAGGUCGCGAAGCUGCUUCAGGCAGACCAUCUCUGCGACAGCUGCCGGCGCGUCCGAGAAGUCGUCCCCGUCCAGGCCGUCAAAGACGACCUGGUCGAGAGCCUGCUGUACUGCUCUGAAUGCCAGACGAAACACAGCCGGAUCCAAUUCACGGCCUGGCAGCGUUCCAGGCCGGCCCGGGAGCGGAUCUGCAUCUCCCACAUAGGCCGGGUCCGGAUGUGCCCCCACCUGUCCUUGGGGUGGGAGGACAUCGUAUAUGGGCGACGGUGUCAUCCCCUCCACCGCAUUGAGUUAACAAAGUGCCCAUAUUGCAACCCGAAGCUCGUCGCGCAGAGCGCAAUCAUGAAGACUUCCAGUGGGCCCUCCGAUCGUAACAACUCGGUCAAGAUACAAACCUGGGUCCGGAUGUUCCGCCACAGCCGGCACGAGCCGAUCGACCUGGACACCCUGAAGAAGCUCUGGCGCGCCUUUCCGCGCAAGGAAACGCUCAGCGGGAUCGUUUGCCCGCACAUCGACAUAGAGAGCGACCAACUGUUGUCGUGCUUCGGCGGCUACUCCUGCGGCUGCCUGGGCCUGCCCCCGGAACCCUGCCACGGCGCCCCCGUCCCUUGGUGCUGCGCGUGCGCCAAGCUGGGCGGCAACGGAGAGCCGGGCAAGCUGAUGGACGUGCUGCGCGACGAGGAGGGAUUUCUCCACGUCAACUCGAUGCACAGGUACCGGUGCGGGGCGUGCAGGACGUGGAUCCGGUGGGCCCGGGACGGGGACUGGGUCAUGCUGUGGUGCGAGCGCGAGAUGAAGACGGGCAACCCGAGCGAGACGGAAUGGCUCCAGGCGAUGGACCCCGGGACCUGGUCCUCGGCCAAGGACGAGGAGACCAAGCACUUGACGUGGUGCCCCGACGCCUCGUGCGCCGUCGGGGAGCGGUGGGCCUUCUUCCGCGCGCUGCUGGACCAGGCCGAGCGGCUUCGCCACGGCAGGGAGGGCGAGCUGAAGGCUUUCUGCGGCUCUGACGAGGAGGAGCAGAUGCAUUCUCGCGAUUGUGCCUCGGAGGGCGACGAAGACGAGGAAGCUGAUGCUAGGCCGUUAGAUCCGUCUAGGAUCCCGUUAGUCCGGCUGUUAUUUAUGUAG